AUGGUGGCCUCGACAAAAAGAGCCCAAUCUACAUUGGCUACCAACGGCGAGUUAUCUGGCGAUGCUGAUUCUUUGAAGCGCAGGAAGACUGUGCAACCCUAUAAACCGGCCAAUGGCAUCGGACUUGUAACGCCACCUAUAAGUAACUCUUUGAGCAUGAGUCCAGCGGCGAAUGGAUGUCUAUCAGCAUUGUACUCCGCUUCAACAGUAGCAAAGAUUUGGGGAGUUGCGCAACGGGCCUUGAAUAAGUCAGCUCCGCCAACCCUCUAUCCGGAAUUUACAAAACCUGGAGGCACAGCAUACGUUUAUCGGGAGUCCGAUUUUUGGACAUCUGGAUUCUUCCCCGGCUCCCUAUACCUCCUUUUAGAGCGGCAACGAAAGUACCCUCAGAUAGCCUUUCCUCCGUCAUAUUCUGAUCUUCCUCAGACCCCACAUACGCUUCAACUACAAUAUGCGUGCAAGUGGUGGACGGUGAAUCUCCACAAGAACUCCCUUCUUACUACCACCCAUGACCUCAGCUUCAUGAUCUCCCCUUGGGCAAGGAAGGCCUGGGAUAUUGAAAAUGACUCGAAGGCAUAUGAAACACUGAUAACUUCCGCACGAACUUUAGCCACUCGAUAUAGUUCAAAAACAAAAUGCCUACGGUCUUGGGACACCUGUGUUACGAAGAGGUAUUCGUUUACAGAUCCAAGCUUAGACUUCUUGGUAAUUAUAGAUAACAUGCUAAACCUCGACCUCCUCUUCUGGGCCGCUUCCGAACUCCGCGACUCGGCCCUCCGCGACAUCGCCAUUUCCCACGCCGAGUCAACGCAGACUCACCAUAUCCGCCCUGACUUUUCCACUACUCACGUUGUAAAUUUCGACCAAGCUACCGGCGCCGUAAAGGCCAAGAUGACUAACCAGGGUUACGACGACUUCUCCUGCUGGUCUCGCGGCCAGGCAUGGGCCAUCACCGGAUUCGCCCAGACCUACAACUGGACGCACAACCCUUCUUUUCUUGCCACCGCCCGUGGUUGCGCAGAUUACUUCCUCGCACACCUUCCCUCCAGCGGCGUCCCACCAUGGGACUUCUCCGCGCCGGCCACAUCCAUCCAGCUCACUGACACCAGCGCCGGGAUCAUAGCCUGCUAUGGAAUGCUCCUUCUGCACACCUCACUCGUGGCUCUUGGGCAGCCCUCCUCCUACCUAAAAGGUGCGCUCCACAUCCUUUCCGGGCUGUGCACAACGCAGCUCUCUCCACCGGCACACUUCCACAGCGACCCCAUCGUGAUCCCUUCCGUUGAGCAUGGGACGAGCAACGAAUCUGGCGAGUUAGAAGUGGAAAUGGGGAAGGGCGCGGAGACGAUAUUGGAGGGUUCGACGAUUAAUAACUAUGAGUUUGCGCCUAGACAGUGGGCGGAUCAUGGGCUGGUUUAUGCGGAUUAUUAUUUCUUGCUUGUUGGGAACUUAUUGCUAGAUAUGGGAAUUGGAGGACACAUCGCGGGCCAAGUUUGA